AUGGAACCAGGAGAUGGCAGUGGAGCGGUGUUGGAGGAGGAUGGUGUGGCCAACUGUGUCAAAGUCUGCAGAUGGGUUGAGAAGGACGAGGAAGGAACGUUUACCUUUGUCACACUCACAUCGGAUUGUGACUUUGAGAAGAGCUGUUUCAGUACAGGGGCAAAAAGAGCAUAUAAGGAAUAUGCCAAGGCUCUGCCAGUGUUAAAGAAAAUGGGCAUCACGUCAGUCCUUCUGCGAAAGCUGAUUGGCACAUUGGAGCUGGUAUGUGGCAUUGUGAUGACACUGGUACCUGGGAGGCCCAAGGACGUGGCCAACUUCACACUGCUCCUGGUGAUGUUGGCUGUGCUUUUCUUCCACCAGCUGGUGGGUGACCCACUCAAACGCUACGCCCACGCUCUGGUCUUUGGGAUAGUACUCACCUGCCGGCUGCUGAUCAUUAGGCAGGGGGAUGACAAGGAAAUGGCUCCGAGAGUCACGGCAGGGGAGGGGCAGGCUGAGGGAGAUACAAAGACUGACACCGAACAAGGGAAAGGAAAGCUUAAAACCUCCUAAACUCAGCUCGAUUGGCAGGAGUGGAGGUUGGGGCACCAGCCAAUCACCACCCAGAGUCUAAAAGGAUUUUUGUAUCACACGUUGUAUUCAGCUGGAAAUCACUGGAAACGAAUAACUAACAAUCCAUGAAGAUCUGGUGACAGGGAAUUUCAGAGAGCUGACAGGAAUACUCCAUCAAAACUGACAAUAAUUCCUCACAAUCCCAAACAAUAUUCAUCAGUAUAAAAUCAUCAUUCCCCCACCUGCACCACUCUACGUUCUGCACCAAUGAUAAACACAGGGGAUCAUCCAGAGCUGAAACACUGAGUUCCUCUCAAGAGGGAGGGAGUG